UGUCUAAUUCAUUCCCAACUGGUGAACUGAGUGUGUCAUCAACACCAAAUGCACCAACAGGUUUCAUGGGCCUGUCAACUGGUCCCUCGAGUUCUGGGGUAUCAUCAGGAAUGCCUCCACUGGGUUCUACUGAUAGAGAUCAAACAGCACUUAAAUCUGUGGCGUUGUCAUCCACAACAUCAGCGUCAUCAAAACCAUCUGUAAAGUCAACAGCGGAGCAGACAGCAAAGCCCAGCUCGUCGGGGACAAGCACAGGGCAGCCUGCUUCUGCUUCAGGGUCGAGUGAAGUCGGCUCAGAUAUAAAGAGUAUAAUUGAAGAAAACCAGAAGUUGAAAGACGAGAGGACAUGUAAGAUAUGUAUGGAUGAGGAGGUCAGUAUAUUGUUUCUACCCUGUGGUCACAUGGCUUGCUGUGCUGGCUGUUCUGUCAGUGUCAACGACUGUCCUAUCUGCCGAGCAGACAUCGCCCAGAGGGUAAAGGCUUACUGGAGUCUCUGACAUUGUUAAACUGUGGUCUUAUGAUCGGGAAAAUAUACAAAGUUAUUAUAAAUCAUAAAUCAUUCAUGAUAUUUCAUUGUUUGCUUAAGUCAGUCAUGUAGAUGUGUGACUUUUCUUUUUAUGAGGCUAGUUUUUAUCUCGCCUGCGAUGAAGUCCUAAAGCGAGUCAAUGAUAAAUAUUCCUGCGGCAAUGGAUAGUAGGUUGUUGCUGUGUGCGGUAUAUGUUGUCUGCUACGCUACAUGUGCUUGGGUAAUUUAUAAGGUAUAGGGGUCGGGUGGGGCCCUAUGUCUGGGUAAUUUGUCAGUAUAACAUAUAGGGGUCGGGUGGGGCCCUAUGUCUGGGUAAUUAAUCAGUAUAAGGGUCAGGUAGGGCCCUAUGUCUGGGUAAUUUGUCAGUAUAAGGGUCAGGUAGGGCCCUAUGUCUGGGUUAUUUGUCAGUAUAACAUAUAGGGGUUAGGCAGGGCCCUAUGUCUGGGUAAUUAUUCAGUAUAAGGGUCAGGUAGGGCCCUAUGUCUGGGUAAUUAAUCAGUAUAAGGGUCAGGCAGGGCCCUAUGUCUGGGUAAUUAUUCAGUAUAAGGGUCAGGUAGGGCCCUAUGUCUGGGUAAUUAAUCAGUAUAAGGGUCAGGUAGGGCCCUAUGUCUGGGUAAUUAAUCAGUAUAGGGGUCGGGUGGGGCCCUAUGUCUGGGUAGUUAAUCAGUAUAGGGGUCGGGUGGGGCCCUAUGUCUAGGUAAUUUAUAAGGUAUAGGGGUCGGGUGGGGCCCUAUGUCUGGGUAAUUAAUCAGUAUAGGGGUCGGGUGGGGCCCUAUGUCUGGGUAGUUAAUCAGUAUAGGGGUCGGAUGGGGCCCUAUGUCUGGGUAGUUAAUCAGUAUAGGGGUCGGGUGGGGCCCUAUGUCUGGGUAGUUAAUCAGUAUAGGGGUCGGGUGGGACCCUAUGUCUGGGUAGUUAAUCAGUAUAGGGGUCGGGUAGGGCCUAUGUCUGGGUAAUUAAUCAGUAUAGGGGUCGGGUGGGGCCCUAUGUCUGGGUAGUUAAUCAGUAUAAGGGUCGGGUAGGGCCCUAUGUCUGGGUAGUUAAUCAGUAUAGGGGUCGGGUGGGGCCCUAUGUCUGGGUAGUUAAUCAGUAUAGGGGUCGGGUGGGGCCCUAUGUCUGGGUAGUUAAUCAGUAUAGGGGUCGGGUGGGGCCCUAUGUCUGGGUAGUUAAUCAGUAUAGGGGUCGGGUGGGGCCCUAUGUCUGGGUAGUUAAUCAGUAUAGGGGUCGGGUGGGGCCCUAUGUCUGGGUAGUUAAUCAGUAUAGGGGUCGGGUGGGGCCCUAUGUCUGGGUAGUUAAUCAGUAUAGGGGUCGGGUGGGGCCCUAUGUCUGGGUAGUUAAUCAGUAUAGGGGUCGGGUGGGGCCCUAUGUCUGGGUAGUUAAUCAGUAUAGGGGUCGGAUGGGGCCCUAUGUCUGGGUAGUUAAUCAGUAUAGGGGUCGGGUGGGGCCCUAUGUCUGGGUAGUUAAUCAGUAUAGGGGUCGGGUGGAGCCCUAUGUCUGGGUAAUUUAUAAGGUAUAGGGGUCGGGUGGGCCCCUAUGUCUAGGUAAUUUAUAAGGUAUAGGGGUCGGGUGGGGCCCUAUGUCUGGGUAAUUUAUAAGGUAUAGGGGUCAGGUAGGGCCCUAUGUCUGGGUAAUUUAUAAGGUAUAGGGGUCAGGUGGAGCCCUAUGUCUGGGUAGUUAAUCAGUAUAGGGGUCGGGUGGAGCCCUAUGUCUGGGUAAUUUAUAAGGUAUAGGGGUCGGGUGGGGCCCUAUGUCUGGGUAAUUAAUCAGUAUAGGGGUCGGGUGGGGCCCUAUGUCUGGGUAAUUAAUCAGUAUAAGGGUCAGGUAGGGCCCUAUGUCUGGGUAAUUUGUCAGUAUAACAUAUAGGGGUCAGGUAGGGCCCUAUGUCUGGGUAAUUAAUCAGUAUAAGUGUCAGGUAGGGCCCUAUGUCUGGGUAAUUUGUCAGUAUAACAUAUAGGGGUUAGGCAGGGCCCUAUGUCUGGGUAAUUAAUCAGUAUAAGGGUCAGGCAGGGCCCUAUGUCUGGGUAAUUAAUCAGUAUAAGGGUCAGGUAGGGCCCUAUGUCUGGGUUAUUUGUCAGUAUAACAUAUAGGGGUUAGGCAGGGCCCUAUGUCUGGGUAAUUAAUCAGUAUAAGGGUCAGGCAGGGCCCUAUGUCUGGGUAAUUUGUCAGUAUAACGUAUAGGGGUUAGGCAGGGCCCUAUGUCUGGGUUAUUUGUCAGUAUAACAUAUAGGGGUUAGGCAGGGCCCUAUGUCUGGGUAAUUUGUCAGUAUAACGUAUAGGGGUCAGGCAGGGCCCUAUGUCUGGGUAAUUAAUCAGUAUAAGGGUCAGGCAGGGCCCUAUGUCUGGGUAAUUAAUCAGUAUAAGGGUCAGGUAGGGCCCUAUGUCUGAGGGGAAGGUGCCCUUUAUUAAUCUCUGUCUGUAAUUUUAAUAUUUUUAGUGUGAUUUACAUGAAAUUUGGUCAAGAUGUUCAGUUUACACAGUUUUGUAGCUUGUUAUUCGACCUUUAAUUUGUGGUGUUGUAUGUAAUAUAGUCAUUAUGAAUUAAUUAAUGAUCAAUACAAUUUUUCCUACCAUGACGGUGUAUGAAAGACGUCACAACCUAAUUACGGGAUGAGAAUCAUGAACAUCAAGCCAAGUUCUGUUGAGUGUUACGUUUUGUUGAGCGAGAUUUGUUUGUGCAUAUUUACAUUCCUUAUUGUAUGUGCCUGCAUAUAUAACCUAUCUAGUAAACCAAAUUGUAAAAUUAUACUUAGCUGCAGUUUACAGUGAUUCUAUCGGCGUGUGAUGUACAGUAAUUAACUGUAGUUUACAGUGAUUCUAUCGGCGUGUGAUGUACAGUAAUUAGCUGCAGUUUACAGUGAUUCUAUCGGCGUGUGAUGUACAGUAAUUAGCUGCAGUUUACAGUGAUUCUAUCGGCGUGUGAUGUACAGUAAUUAGCUGCAGUUUACAGUGAUUCUAUCGGCGUGUGAUGUACAGUAAUUAGCUGUAGUUUACGGUGAUUCUAUCGGCGUGUGAUGUACAGUAAUUAGCUGUAGUUUACAGUGAUUCUAUCGGCGUGUGAUGUACAGUAAUUAGCUGCAGUUUACAGUGAUUCUAUCGGCGUGUGAUGUACAGUAAUUAGCUGCAGUUUACAGUGAUUCUAUCGGCGUGUGAUGUACAGUAAUUAGCUGCAGUUUACAGUGAUUCUAUCGGCGUGUGAUGUACAGUAAUUAGCUGCAGUUUACAGUGAUUCUAUCGGCGUGUGAUGUACAGUAAUUAGCUGCAGUUUACAGUGAUUCUAUCGGCGUGUGAUGUACAGUAAUUAGCUGUAGUUUACGGUGAUUCUAUCGGCGUGGUAUGUACAGUAAUUAGCUGCAGUUUACAGUGAUUCUAUCGGCGUGUGAUGUACAGUAAUUAGCUGCAGUUUACAGUGAUUCUAUCGGUGUGUGAUGUACAGUAAUUAGCUGCAGUUUACAGUGAUUCUAUCGGUGUGUGAUGUACAGUAAUUAGCUGUAGUUUACAGUGAUUCUAUCGGCGUGUGAUGUACAGUAAUUAGCUGUAGUUUACGGUGAUUCUAUCGGUGUGUGAUGUACAGUGUUCACAAAAUCAAAUCAGUGUUUACCUUCUCAGAUCACGAUUAAGAACAAUUUUCUUUGCAAAUGGUAAUUUUCAGAAAUUAUCUUUUUAAUUGACUGCAGAAAAUACUACAUGGAUUUUUAGCUUAUUUCAGAUAUCAGGUAUCAACUGUUGUGCAUUGGCCUUGAACAUUUUUCACACAGAGUGAUGAAACUUGUGUGGAAUGACAAGUUGAAGGACCAAUUAUUCAUAUGUUUUAAUUGAAAUAAAAUGCAAGAUUGUCACCAUCUUCAAAA